AUGGGAGCCCUUGUUUCUGCCAGAUUAUCAGAAUACUUAAAACGAGCAUUUCCCUGGAUUACAUCUGACCACAUUUCCUGGUCGGAUUCGCAAAUCAGCCUUCAUUGGAUAAAAGGAGACUCUCUACGAUGGAAGGAGUUUGUGAGAAAUCGCGUACGGGAGAUACAGGAGAAAACCAAUCGAGGCCAGUGGAAUUACUGCAGAGGAAAGACGAACCCCGCAGACAAGUUAACCCGAGGACUGUCUAUUAUCCAAGUGUUAGCGCAAGAUGAUGUUUGGUGGAAUGGUCCAGAUUGGUUGUUUAACCCAGAUCUAUGCCUUGACAACACAGUGAACAGCGAAUUCAACGAAGUUGAAGUAGCAAACGAAUUAAAGAAAGACUAUGUUCCAGCGAGCAACCUACUAAUUGCAGGUACCCUCAGUCAAGGACUGCUGGGCCCAUUACGGCUGAUGAAAGGAUUGAGGCAGAAAACCAAUUGA